AUGAUCUUCAGAUUUGUCAUAGCUCUCCAAGCAGUGUUUGUCACUCUUUGUUAUGGAUUGGUGGCUCGAAACAACAAUAACCUCCAGGAGCAGUUUCUUGUGAAAAAUCUCCCAGGUCUCUACUCCAACAUUCCUAAAGAUGAUUUGCCCUUGAUGUUCUCGGGCCAGUUGGAGUUGUACCUGGAAAACAAGACAUAUUACUAUUUCUGGAAGUAUGCUGACCAGAAUAAAAUCGACAUUGCCAAGAAUAAGACUAUUUUUUGGCUUAAUGGUGGACCUGGCUGUUCAUCUAUGGACGGUGCACUUAUGGAGGCUGGUCCCUUUAGAAUCAACGAUAAGGGUGAGGUAACGUAUAACCAUGGAUCCUGGCAUAAGGCUGCAGACGUCGUCUUUGUAGAUCAGCCAUCGGGUACCGGGUUUAGUUAUUCGGACAAAUAUGACGCUGAUUUGAACGGAGUGGUUCACGAAUUUUUGAGAUUCUUGGACAAGUACUUUGAAGUUUUCCCUGAGGAUUUCCACAACGACAUAUACAUCGCUGGUGAGAGUUAUGCGGGGCAGUACAUCCCAUACGUCAGUAAGGGAAUUCUUGACAGAAACAGACAAACUGAUGAUGAAACCAAAAAAUUCAACUUGAAGGGGUUGUUGAUCGGAAACGGUUGGAUUGCUCCAAACGAGCAAAGUUUGUCGUACUUGCCCUUUGCUUAUCAAGCUGGUGUUGUUAAUGAAAAAAGUAGUAAAUGGUCUUCAUUGUUAGAUCAGCAAGAGAAAUGUCAAAGCAUUGUUAAUGAAAUCAAUGCAGGAACGUUGGACAAGGGUGUCAAUGUGCACAAUAUUGUAAACAAAGAAUGUGAAAAGAUUCUUAAUAUGAUCAUGAGUUCAUCGUUAGAUAGGAGUAAAGAUACAAACGAGCAGUGUAUCAAUAUUUAUGACUACACCUUGAGGGAUUCUUUCCCUUCGUGUGGUAUGAAUUGGCCUCCUGAUUUGACCAAUGUCAAUCCAUUCUUAAACGACGAUAAGGUGUUGGACUUGUUGAAUGUGAAGGAACACAGAAAGUGGAGAGAAUGUAGUUCAGGCGUCAGUAGCCAUCUAAAAAAUAAGUUGGAACCUGCAGUGAAGUUGCUUCCAGCUAUUUUAGAAGAAAUUCCAAUUUUGUUGUUCAAUGGUAACAGGGACAUUAUCUGCAACUAUAUGGGUACUGAAGAUUUCAUUAAGAAUUUAGAAUGGAAUGGAGGUAUAGGUUGGCAAACUGAUGAUGACGCUGAUACCACUGAAGAUUUGAAAGCAGAUAAAUACAAGGGACUGAAACUAGCCAGUGACUGGGUCUACGAUGAUGAAACUGUUGGGUAUAUCAAACAGUCAAGGAAUUUAACCUUUGUGAACGUUUUCGACGCAUCCCAUAUGGUCCCAUUUGAUAAACCUUUUGUUUCCAGAAGUUUAAUUGAUCUUAUGCUUAAGGAAUAUGAUGAAGACGUCAGGGAUGAUGGAAAGAGAGUCUUUAUUACUUACCCACUUGGUACCAGACCAAAAUCCAUUCCAGAAGAUGAAAAACCUUCAGAAACGGAACUGGACGCUGCAGUAUCAAGUGCUACUGUAUCCGACUCUACUUCUUCAGAGUCUACUUCUUCAACUGAGGCCUCGGACAUUUCAUCUACUACUUCCCGUAUCACCAGAUUGAUCCAACUUCUGGUCAUUUGCAUCCUUAUAUGGGGAAUCUACGUUCUCUAUGGAUCUUAUAAAUCUCGUCCUUCGUCUAUUAUUAAAACGGGGCCAUCCUCAGGUAAAAAGAAAAACGUGCAAUGGGCAGACCAAUUGCGUCUGUUCCAAGAAGGUGAUACUGUACCUGAAGAAGGUGAACUGGGGGUUCCCAUCGACCAUAAAGCCGGCUUUUUGGCUAAAGCUUAUAAUAAGUUAACUGGAAGUAAUGGAGAAGGCAGUGGCCAGUAUGUGCCAGCACCAUCGGAUGACAUAGAGUUGGCUGUAGUGGAUGCAGAUUUAAGUAAUUUUGAGAUCCACAGUGAUGAAGAGGCCGAAGAACUGCAAUCACCUAGGGGCCCCGUAGGAAGUGUAUAA